UGAGGGCGAUGAGGAUGGGCCCGCGCAGCGGCGGCCGCCCGCGGUAGGGGGGGCAGCGGCAGCAGCAGCGCCCCCGCCGGCCCUGAGCCGCCCCGUGCGCGGGCGGCAGCGAGGGGGCAGCGCGGGGCCGCCGGGGGGCGGCCGCUGAGCGGCGUGGCGCCGGGGGGCGGGCGGGGCCGCAGCGCCGAGCGGCGGCGGCACACGCAGCCGCCCGCGGAGUGAGGGAGGCAGCGACCGAGCGGGCGGACGGCGGCCGCGGGAGAUGUGCCCGGAGGAGGACGGCGGCUGCGGCGGCGGCGGCGGCGGCAGCGUAGCCGGCACCGGCGGCCCCGAGGCGGCGGCUGCGGUGGCGCUGGACGAGCUCCGCUCCUGGUGGGAAGUCCCGGCCAUCGCGCACUUUUGCUCGCUGUUCCGCACCGCCUUCCGCUUGCCCGACUUCGAGAUCGAGGAACUGGAAGCUGCUCUUCACGGGGAUGAUGUGGAGUUUAUCAGCGACCUGAUCGCUUGCCUUCUUCAAGGUUGCUAUCAGCGCAGAGACAUCACAUCCCAGACGUUUCACAGCUACCUGGAGGACAUCAUCAACUACCGCUGGGAGCUGGAGGAAGGGAAACCCAACCCCCUGCGGGAGUGCACCUUCCAGGAGCUGCCCCUGCGCACGCGCGUGGAGAUCCUGCACCGCCUCUGUGAUUACCGCCUCGAUGCUGACGAUGUCUUCGACCUCCUCAAGGGCUUGGACGCCGACAGCCUCCGCGUGGAGCCGCUGGGCGAGGACAGCAGCGGCGCCCUGUACUGGUACUUCUACGGCACGCGGAUGUACAAGGAGGAGCCGGUGCAGGGCAAACCCAACGGAGAGCUGGCUCCAGACAGGGGAUGUGGGGGGCAGACGAACACCCCAAACGUUCCUGGGAAAACAGGCAAGAGACGAGGGCGACCUCCAAAGCGGAAAAAACUACUGGAGGAAAAUUUGCUGAGGGAGAAGGCAGAAGAAAACUUGCUUAUCCACGAGACUCAGAUAAGAAAUGGGUCCCAAGGGCCUGGCCGUGGGACAUGGUGGUUGCUGUGCCAGACGGAAGAGGAGUGGAGGCAGGUCACAGAGAGCUUCAGAGAGAGGACUUCCCUUAGAGAGAGGCAGCUCUACAAACUCUUGAGUGAAGACUUCCUGCCGGAGAUCUGCAACAUGAUUGCACAGAAGGAGAAGCGUCUGCAGCGGACAGAGUUUUCUCCCAGGUGGAUGUCUGACCAUCAGCCCAUCAAACCAAUCAAGCAGGAGGUAAACCCAAAUGUGCUGAGCUCAAUGGAGAAGCAGAGGCGCAGAGAGGAAGAGGAGGAGCGCCAGAUCCUUAUAGCAGUGCAGAAGAGGGAGCAGGAGCAGCUGCUGAAGGAGGAGAGGAAGAGGGAGAUGGAGGAGAAGGUCAAAGCAGUGGAAGAACGGGCCAGGAGGAGGAAACUUCGUGAAGAGCGGGCCUGGCUGCUGGCACAGGGGAAGGAGCUUCCCCCUGAGCUUUCCCACUUGGAUCCCAGUUCCCCUGCCAGGGAAGAGCGAAGGACCAAGGAUAUCUUUGAACUGGACGAUGAGUUCACAGCCAUGUACAAAGUUCUAGAUGUGGUGAAGGCUCACAAGGACUCUUGGCCCUUCUUGGAGCCCGUUGAUGAAUCGUACGCUCCCAACUACUACCAGAUCAUUAAGGCCCCCAUGGAUAUCUCUAGCAUGGAGAAGAAGUUGAAUGGAGGUCAGUACUGCACCAAGGAUGAGUUUGUGGGUGAUAUGAAGACCAUGUUCAGGAACUGUCUUAAGUACAACGGUGAAGGCAGUGAAUAUACAAAGAUGGCUUACAACUUGGAGAGGUGUUUCCACCGAGCAAUGAUGAAGCACUUCCCUGGGGAAGAUGGAGACACUGAUGAGGAGUUUUGGAUCAGAGAGGACGGGAGACGAGAGAAGAGGAGCCGGCGGACCGGCCGCUCCGGCACAGGCAGCGUCUGGACUCGAUCACGAGACCCAGACGGGCCUGGCAAGAGACAGCAACGCCUGGAAAAUGGAGGAAAACCUCCACCAUAUCGAGCUACUUCCAGGGCUCCUGCUUCUUCCUCCUCUUCCUCUUCCUCCUCCUUCUCCUCGUCCUCUGUAGAUGACCCAAGUGGCAACCCAGCGCAGACGGCUCGAGAAGGGGGCCCGUCCAACGGGCGAGGCUUCCCCCGCUCCCUGCAGUACGGCGGCAUGCCCAGCCCUGUGCCACAUCCUGGACAGAUGAGACCAGCGGUGCCAGGAACGUUUGGCCCUUUGCGUGGAUCCGACCCCACCAAACUGUACGGCUCUCCGCGCGUGCCUGAGCCCCAUCCCGGAGACCCGGUCCAGCAGCACCAGCACUUUGCCAUGCAGCCGGCCGUGGGACUGAGCGAGCACCGCGGGCACCGGCUGGGCACUCCGGAGAAGCAGGCGUGCGCGGCGCCGGCACACGUGGCAGGGCUGGGCCCCCGGCUGGGCUCCCUGCAGCUGGGGCGCGUGGGCGGCCCCCCGCCCGACGCCAUCUACCCCCCGGCCCAGUUCCAGCAGGGCUUCCUCCCGCCACGGCACAACGGGCCCCCGGUGAAGCCGCCGGAGGGCUCGGAGGUCCCCCCGGGACACAUGUACCGGCCCUACAAGUACCUGAACCGCGCACAUCCGGCCCUGUGGAACGGCAGCCACGGCCCCGCCGGCCAGGCUGCCAUGGGGCCGGAGGAGAAGGCGCCCAUGGGGCCGGGGCCCUCGCUGCAGCCCCGUGUCCUGGGCCAUAUGAUGGACCCCCGGGCCAUGAGGCCGCCGCUGCCUCCCAGCCAGUGGAGCGAGCAGUCGAAUUUCCUACCUCACGGGGUGCCUCCCUCAGGGUACAUCCGGCCGCCCGGGAAAGCCGCCGGGCAGAGGAUGCCGCAGCCGCCGGCCGCUCUGUUUGGGGGACCGCCUCAGGUUCAAAGAGGGUGCCAGGGCGGGGACUCCAUGCUGGACAGCCCGGAGAUGAUCGCCAUGCAGCAGCUGUCCUCCCGCGUGUGCCCGCCGGGUGUGCCUUACCACCCUCGCCAGCCGCCCCCGCCGCACCUCCCCGGGCCCUUUCCCCAGCUGGCUCACGCAGCCUCCGCCGGCGGCCAGCCCCCAAAACCCCUCCUGGGAAACGGGAGCUCCCAGGAUCCAACCGGCCAGACCAUGGACAUGGACAGCAACCAAGUGGACACACCGGCGGGCAUGGACGAGAAGGCUCAGUGCAUCAGCAUUCCCGACGGGGCCUACGCCAAACUCCUACCUCAUCCCAAGCCCCCGCUGCCCAUGGAGUGCACGAGGCGCACCUUGCCCCCGGAUGGGGAGGAGGACGGCCCCGCUGUGAAGGGCGACCUGAAGGGAGGGCAGCCCAAGGGAGCAGCGUGGUCGGCAGAGAGCGGCUACACCGGCGAGCCGGGCUGCGUGAGGGACCUGGUGCCCGCCUCCGAAAGAGGGGCUCCCCUGCCUCAGAACGGGGCGGUGGGCGAGGGGCCGGCAGCCGGCCCCGAGGGGAAGGGGCUGGCUGCCAACCUGCUGGAGAAGCCCCUCUGCGGUGGGGGAAAGGCUCUGCCCGAAGCGGCCGUGCCUUGCAUGGGGCAGGGCACCGGCCUCCCUGGCGUGGACGCCACCUCCAUGGGGGCCACCCCCAACCAGUUUCAUCCUCUCUACAUGUCCGGGCUGGAAUACCCGAAUUCGGCCGGGCGGUACCACAUCAACCCGGGCCUGCAGGGCUUCGGCCCCGUGAUGGGGGGGAAGCCCCCUCCUCCUGCCUCCCAUCCCCAGCAUUUCCCCCCGCGGGGUUUCCAGCCGAGCAGCGCCCACCCCGGCGUGUUCCCGCGCUAUCGGCCGCCCCAGGGCAUGCCGUACCCUUACCAGCCGCAGCCCCAAGCCUCCUACCACCACUACCAGCGACCGCCCUACUACGGCUGCCCGCAGGGCUACUCGGACUGGCAGAGACCUCUCCACCCCCAGGCCAGCCCCAGCGGGCACCACCCGCCCCUGGCCAGGCCCCCUUUCCCAGAGCGGGGCUCCGCCGGCCUGCAGGGCUGCGAGGCGCUGAGCGCCGCCCUGGCCUCUCCCAACCGCAUGGACCUAGCAAGUGCCAAAGAGGUUUCUCCAAGCGACGGGCAGGAGCUGGGGCCUGAAGAUGAGAAGUCCGAGGAGUCCCAGGAAAGACCGGAGAGUCCCAAAGAGUUCCUUGAUUUGGACAACCACAACGCGGCCACUAAGAGGCAGAGCUCGGUGGCAGCGGGGGAGUUCCUCUAUGGAGCUCCCCCGCCACACCUGGGUGCGGGGAUGGGAUUCGGCCCCUCGGCUUUCCCUCCCCACGGGGUGAUGCUACAGACUGGCUCUCCUUACGGAUCCCGGCAUCCUGCCAGCCACUUCCAGCCCAGGACGUACGGAUCGCCCAUGAAUGCUCACCUGUCUCAUCAUCCAGCCUCCAGCCAGGCCAACGGCCUCUCUCAGGAGGGCCCCCUGUACCGCUGCCGAGAGGAGAACGUGGGUCACUUUCAGGCCUUGCUGAUGGAGCAGAGAGGCAGUGGAGGUGGCAUGGGGGGGCCACCCCAGGACUUGUAUAGACCCUCGGGAAUGCAAAUGCAUCAGGCUCAAGUUCCUUUCCCGAAGAUGCCUACAGCAACCAUGUCCCGGGAAGAUCUGACAUCACAAAAACCAUCAGCGUUGCCUCUGGAUCAAAGCUAGUCCAAGAAAGGACUGACUUCACGAAGAGGAAAGCCACACAUGAUUUGGACAAGAGAGAGGAGGGGCAGGCCUUGCUCCCACCCUCCCCUCGCCCAAGCAGCAGGGAGCUUCCUGGGGCUGUGGAACACGGCGCCGUGCCGGAUUUUGUGUCGGAAACCCGCAGCGGUGCUGGGCCCCUGCCAGCCGAGCAGCUGGCUCGCCAUUGCAGGGCACCCCAAACUCCAGUGGCUUUCCGUGACCAGAGACUGCGUCUCAUUCAGGGUUUGAGGGAUUUUUCGGGUGGGGAGGGCGGGGGUGGGGCUGGAAACUUUCAUGGACUGCUAAACUCAGGUAUAUUUUUCAGGGUGGAAGAGGACGAUGAUGGAAUUUUACUUGUAGUAUUAACGUGUGUGUGUUUUGGAGCUGGAUCCAGUUUACAGAAUUUAACCUGUUGCCUUUCUAAAUAAAUUUUUGUUGUUGGUGAAUGUAUUGUACAUAAUGGGGGAGGGGGUGGGCCCAGCUUGUAGUGGGCUUAGCACUGGAGGAAUUGUAAACUGUUUACAAUCAUAUCACACUGAAAUCUUUCAGGAUAGGGUGAAGGUUUGGGGGAACUGGGGAGAGGUGAGGAAAUGUGUGAUGGAUGACUUGCUGUCCUCCUUCCUGUCCUCUACAACCAAGACACGACCCCAUAGCUGGUUGACUUAAUAGCGGGAAUUGCUCAGGAGCAUAACACAUCCUCCUCUUUCUCUUGCCUUCUUCCUCCUUCCCCUCUCACCCCGACCUCCACCCCUCUGGAUCCAGGGCCUGAGUGCACUUCCAGCUCCUGUCAUCAUGGGGGAACAAGGAAACCAGGACCAGGAAUUGAAACCAGGGCAGGACACCCAUGGCAUUGUCCCUUCUGCUAGUAUAGUACCCUUCUCCCUGCCUUUCUGAUAGAAGAAAUGUGUGCUCUAGAAAACAGAAAAUGGCAUAAGCAGUCGUCUUAAAACUGACUUUGGUGAAAGCAGUGCAGCUGUAGGUGGAGCAGCACCUAUCUAGUAGAAGAAAUUUUGUGCAAAUCUUUACUGCCCUGCUGCCCAAGAAGAGGAGCCAAGUCCCCACCUCUUUCUCUGACCCUGGGCUAUAUUCACUUCUCAGCAGCAGUGAAGCAGAAAGUGCCAGAGGCUUCCUGAGCACUCUUGCUGAGGAGGAAGAGCAGGAGGCUGCCUUGGGGGAAUGGUAGGAUUACUGCAGUGUGAGCCAUUUGUUGGAUUUGGCAUUUGCAAGUCACAGGUGAAUUGGAAAGUACUCAAGCACUCAUUCAGAGUUAGAUGAGGGACAAGAGGGCUGCAUGCUCGAGUUGAGUUGGUUUAACUUUCUAAAGCAGCAGGUCCUACAGGGCCAGUGGCAGUAUUGCACUGGGAAAAUCCCUGUUGUGCCAGUGCUUGGACAGCCACUGCUGUUCAAGCGAGUUCCAUAGGAAUUUCAGCUGCAUUUAUUCCCAUCUUAAAGCUAACAAGCAGUUGAUUGUUCUUGAGGAAGCUGGAGCUAAACAGGGGAGUUGUUAAGUUAUGAGACUGGGCAGCCAGAGCUGCUGGGAGCGUAGCUCUUGAGAGCAGGCUGCACUGGGAGAGGACAGGGGUUAAAAAGAGGAUUUUGGACAGAGUAUGGCAGCAGGAGAAGGACAAAGCAGCAUGCCCUUUAGUUUGUGCUGCCAGCUACAGGAGGGAUAUUGUCUUCAGUUUCUGGAGAAUUUUUCUGUCUGCUUUCUUGUCUUGGAUGGUGGCAUCACCCAUAUCUUUAGCUGGAUUGCACCAGGCUGCAUGACUGUACUGCCUUUGUCCUGCUGUGUGGAUGUACCACAAGCUGGCAGAGCUGCUCAAGUAAAUGGGAGGUAACAUUUGACUGAGCCAUUGCUCCUUCUGUCCUAAGCUUUUGGAAGAGCAAAAAGCUUUUUGGUGUAGUUUUUAUUUUUUCAUUUGUAUUCAUCUGUCAGGGAGCAAUUGUGACUGGUGGAUUGAUGUAGACUGGAAUGAGCCUGAAGGUUGACCUUUGUCUGAGAAAUGGGUAACUGCUUUCCCCAGCUAAGAAUAUUAUGUCUCUUCCAAAUUUGUCCCAGAUCUGGCUCAUCAGCUGGCAGUGGUUUUCAGAGGUGCCCCAGCUGCUCCAAAAGGCAGGCUUAGAUCCUUCACUGAACAGAGACACAGGAGCAGUAGUAGAUAUAAAUGAAAAAUUGUGCAAGUAUAACUCCUCUUUAAGACAACAAACCUAGGACAAACACAGCUUGACCUUGUAAAGCAGUCUUUAGUUCACUGUAGAUAUAAAAGUAAUCAGAAAUAACAGAUCUAAAAACAGAGGAACUGGAAAAUAUAACUUGUAGCAAAGCACUGAAAACUCUGGAAAUGUGAAUAUAGAUUCUUCAUAGAAGCCCUGUCAUACUUCAGCCUGUCUUCUGUAUCACAGACAGCUGAAUAUUUGAAGUGCCUUUCAUUCAGCCCAUUGUGAACAUUGUGGAACAGGAGGUUUUUAGAAGCUAUAAAAACUCUCCAAGCAAGCUGAAGCACACUUCAGCUGGAACUGGCACUGAAAACACUGUUCUAAUGGUCAUGGCUUCUGGAUGAGUACCAAGCCUCAGUCAAAACAGGAGACAACUAAGGAGGGCAAGAAUUGCUUGUGGUCUGCCUGGAGAGGGUAGUGGAGUGUUAGACAGUGAUAGAUACCUUCAACUGGCAUAAGGCAAGUCUGGGAGAAGGGUUUGACUUGCAGGUGGCAGACAAAACCAAGUAGUGAAGCUGACUCCUCCUGGGAGGGUUUCUAGGUAAAUGUCUUUUGAUGUAGUCAGUAAUUUUUAUUAAAGUGGCUAACAAGCUGCUGUUGUGAGGACAGAUGGUUUCUGUUAGAAAAGUACUCAUAAAGAAUACAGGGAACCAUGGCUGGGCUUUCCUGAGGAGAGGACAUGCUGAGGUGGAGUUUUAGAUCAGAGUUUUCAGACUUUCAAAUGCUUUGUUCAUAAGUGAGGCUUGGGGGUUUUUCUUUCCCUCUUACAAAUAUCUAGGGAUCCCCUCAAAAUCAGAGCUUAAUCUCAUUAGGUACAACCUGAGCAAAUCACUGAACACUGAGUCCCCUCGAGGGCACAGCCCUGGGAGAGGAUUGCUGGGCUUGGAAUGCAAAUGUAAGGAGGAGCAGAUAAUGUGAAUUUUAUGAUUUCCAAACCCUGCUGCUUUGUAGAUAUUGUUGAAGAGAGGUUUGAGGGAUUUAGAAGAGUAGCACCUGAGCUCUUUAUGUACAGAGUGGUGUUCUGUGCCAUGGGUUGGAUUGCAGUGCAGGGCAAGUGUAGCUGCAUUUUAAAAUAAUGUGGUUUUUGAGUGCCAUACUUUGUGCCACUCUAUAAAAUUUUUAACACAAUUCAGAGCAACUCUGGUGCAUCCCCCAGUGUUGCUGUAGUACAAUAUAUUACCAGGUGGUCCUUUUUCAGAAAGCAUCCUGAACUAGUGGCUUUGCAAAAUUUCCUGUAGCUAUUACUUUUCCCAUCUGGAGGAUGUGUUUUGCUAUAAUUAUGGAUUUCAUGUUGAAUGAGAUUAUACAGUACAUAGAACAAUUAUGAAGUUGACAGUGCUCAAGCAUGACAAAAAUUUCCAAUAUUCUCAGAAGAGCUUUGUAUGCUACUCUACCUUUUUAGCCUCUUGCUCUCCCCACCACUUCCUCGUUCCUAAGUGGUGUGUGGUGUUCCCAGGCUCCCAGGAUGUCAAGUUUGGCCUUUGCAAAGGCCAUUGUAUAAAAUCCCCCUGAGAUUCUGAAUCUUUGGGCAUCUUAGGUGAUACAGGCCCUGGCAAUUCAACUGGAAAGGGCAGUCCCUGAGGCUUCACUGGGACUCUUAGGUGUGUUUAGAGGAAAUUUGCAGACUAUAAAUUCCAUGGUGUGACCCACCAAACCACUUGUAGCAAUCCAAGGCACCAGCCUGCAAUGAGGAGGACAAAAGAGGAAAGUAAAUUUGAAGUUUCAAUGCCCAACUGGUUGGAUUUGUGACUUUGAAGUAGAUGGAGACACUUUUCUUGGAAGCUUCUGAUUUUUUCUUGUCUGCCAAAUGCCUUUCCCAUGCAGACUUUCCGAAGCAAAUCGCCUGUGUAUAUUUUUGUAAGUGUGGUUUCUCAGGGUCUUGGAGAGCUAUCAGCUUCAUGAUGGCUUAUCUGAAAGCAAGUCACAGAGGCUGUCUUUCAUUCUGCUGACUGAGGCAGCUCCCCUGCAGGUUCUCACCCCAACGCUUCUCCAUUUAAAAUGAAAGUAUAAUUAGAAAACAACCUUUCUUUAUUUUCUCCACUGAUCCCUGUCAGGCUUUUGUUCAUCUCUCUGUUCAGCCAGGGUGGUUUCUUUGUUCUUGAUGGCUUCGUUCUGCUUUCCUUUUCUGAAAAGACUGUGUUGUUGUAUGCUCUGUGGAAUUUCAGAGAAGGUGCUGAAAUGAGUGACAGGGAGGUGUCAUCCCAAAGGGUGGUUUGGAGACCAACAGUGGAAUCUGUGAUGGUGUAAUUGGUCUUGGUUCCCCUUGCUGCAGAGCAGCUGUGCAACUGGGUCUGCACUUAAUCAGAGCAACCCCUUGAAGGGUUUUUCCUGUGGUGCAUCCGUGGAGGAAUGGAGGUGUUUGCUCUUGCAUGAUUCCUGUUUUGCUUUAAGGCAGGUGCUGGUGGUUGUGUGAGUGCCAGGUCCUUCCUGCAAGGCUGGCAUUGAGCAGGCUGUGCAAGGAGGGCUGCAGCUGCAGCCCCUGGGAGCUUGAAGAGUUUGUUGUAAAGAAGAGAGCAUCUCAAAGGUUGCCCUUGCAGCCUCUCCCCUUCUGUAGCUGUCUAACAAAGCUGGGGGUGAGCACUCCAAAGGAGAACUCUUUUUAACCAGCACAUAAUGAACUGCGUGUUCUGGUUUCCACUCUGCCCACCUCCCACUCUGCAAAAGAGCUGGGAGGGACCCAUUUCCAGCUGUGUCCCAACAGGGAGACAGCCAGGCAAGGCACAGUCCACCCUUAGGCAGGGAAAUUCAGGACAGGUUCUAAUGGAUUUGAAACUAGGUAGUAACUUCCAAGUGUACCUUUGAAGCGAGCUGUGUUGUGCUCUUCCCUUUUUGGUCACUGUCUCACCUUGGCUCACAUGCAGGAUUUGAGAGACCAUGGAGCAUUUUGUAGAUCUAACACUGCUGGUCUUGCAUUGGCUGAGGGCUUUUUUUCCUUCAUCUGCAGCCAUGGCCUAGAUUUCUUUUGGCAAAGGUCUUCCUCUUUUUGAAAAGUGGAUAUCAAAGUGAACAGUGCAUCCAGGAGAGAGCAAGAGCUACGUCCACCAGGGAAAGCGGGGACAAAGGAUGAAUUAGGACUGAGGCUUAAUUGGGAUUUUCACCAACUCCAGCAAGUCCCUCUGUCCUUUGCCCCUUUUAUUUGGAAACACUUGGCUCCCUUAGCAGAAGGGCAGUAAGUGGAAUAUCUUCUGACUAAAAGCAGAACUGACUCUGUGUGAGCACAAUUCCCUUGCUGUGAGCAAAGUUAGAGCAGAGAGCCAUUGGGGACUCCUUUGGGCAUCAAGAGAGUCAGGGCCCCCGACACCUGGUGCACUCAAGCACUGGAGCACGGCAGGGGAGCAAUCUCCCUUUCUGAGGCAGCUACAGGAGCUCAGGCCUCAACUCUCAGUCUGGAAAGUCCUCUGAUCCCCUUUUGUAUCACAUGCCAGCAGCUUUCCAGUCUCUUUCCCUCUGCUGGCUGCGCUGCAGUCGUGGCUGUCAAGUGCAGAGAUGAAAUCUCACUGCCCACACGAGCACAAGGGCAGAGGCUUGGCCUGGCCAGCUGCCUCCUCUGCACACACAUAGACAGCAGCUGGGGAGGGCACAUUUACUCUCCUCACGAAAUUGGGGUGUCCUCAGUGGCUCACAAGGCUUCUCUUGUGUGCCCCUGGGGUUUGCCAGCCGGGCACAGCGGUGUCUGUCCAUCUGCCAGUACAAGGAUUUGCUCCUGGUCCCAGUGCAGGGCUCUCACAAGUGAUCCUGGCACACCUACCUCCAGGAGGGUUUAGGUUAAAAAUGCCUGUGCAUAUAAUGUGUACAACUGUGAAAACUCUCGUCUCUCCUCCUUGCUGGAUCAAUGAACGCUGCUGCCCGAUCUUUUUCUGAGCAAUAAUAACGUGCAGCAGUGCAACUUUGACCUUCCUGUACUGUUUUAGGGCUAAGAUGACAGUGGAACACACUGGGGGGUUCUUCACAGUCUCAGUGGGAAGCUAGGUGCUCUCUGUGGCCCUACAUUUUAUCAUGCUUGCUUUCCCAGAGACUGGAGGGUGGAUUUAGGUAGCCAUGAGAGAGCUGGGUUGCUGCUUCUGUGUUUGAGGAGGCAGAGAGGGAAGGGUAAAGUUGAGCCUCAUCCAUCCAUCCAUCCAUCCAUCCAUCCAUCCAUCCAUCCAUCCAUCCAUGCACAGAGCAGAGCACAUGGAAGAGGAGUGGGUGAAUGACUGAUUUAAUGCCUCUGGGGAAAGAGAGUGACCCACUGCUGCUUCACUGGGCAUUGCUGGGGAGGACUGGGGGAGCCUAUGCCACUACAUCCAUUCAUUUUUCUGAAGUUGGGUAACAUUGGGGUUGUUUUUGUAUUAUUGUAAGUUUGUAAAGAAUGUAAUCUGUCUGUCGGGGGCACAAGGAGAAAACGGGGGCCUUGCUCUUUUUGGGUGAGGCUGUUCUUAUGUUGCUGUGCUUUUUUUGUUGUUGGGCAGGGAGGGCUCUGGUGGCUGUGGGGGCAAAAGCCUGGCCUUUGUCGAUGGCUUGCAGCUGUCCCAGGGUGACAGGAGGGUGAACUGAGGCUGCAGCAGAGACCUCCCACACCAAGCUGUGAAAAUGCCUCUGCCAGUGGGGGAAAUCUGACCUCUGCAGUGGGGCUUUGCACUGGCAUGUUUUUCUGGGUGCUGGGAUGUACCCCUCGAGGACUGGGCUUGCUUGUCCUCAGCUCAGUUGGAAACUGGGCUGAACAGCUGCCCAUGCUCUUUAGGAAAGGUUGGACUGGUUGGGCUCAGUUUAUCAGCUCAAGAAGGAGUUCAUGCUGGAGCUGCUUGUCCCAGCACUUCUGUCCCCAGCCUCAGGGGCUGCACCUCUCCAUCACCUGCUGCCCCCGCCUCCCUCCCCAUCCUGUAGAGCACAGUGUCAGGGAUCCUCUUCUCUCUCCUGCUGCUGCAAAGUUGUGUGAACUUUCCUGGUCAAUACUGGAAAGGGGAAUGCUAUUUAUUUUUAUAUUGUGUAUAUUUUGUCUUGGUCUGCUGAUUACCUUUGUUCCCCAAGAGCGACAGUUACCUCAAUAGUUAGUUUAAUACUGUGUGUUGGGUAAUUUUUUUAAAGAACUUUUUUAAAAUCUUGAUCCUUGGAGGUCUGUAGAUUUUAUUUCCAUAUGAAUUGGUUAUUUUGUAUAAAGUACAUUCUUAAAA